UGUAAAUUCUCAGCCAUACCUACUCGUAUCUAGCGAGUAGGGACUAUGUAAUUACAAGACGUAUUCGCAUGAGAAUCCUCUAAGAUCGUUUGGCAAAGUCUAGUCUUUAGAUAAGUUGAAGUUGAAACAUCACUAAACUUCUUCAUUCAACUUAUGUACCUGAAUUGUUCAUUUAUGAAUUUAUAUUUUUGUAAAAUUGAUAUAAGAAUAUUGGUUAUGUUAAGACUGCCUCGUUGAUGCAAGUCGUGAGAAUAUUUAAUUUAUAAGAGCAUAGUUGAUUGAUGCCGUUACUCAUCAUCAUCACCAUUAAAAACCCAUAUUCAGCUCACUGUUCAGCAUGAGUCUCCUCUCAGAAUGAGAGGACCUUAGUCCAUCACGCUGGCCCAAUGCAGAUUGGCAGACUUCACACACGUAGAUAAUUUAGAAAAUUCUCAAAUUUCUUAAAAUGCACAUAACUGCAAAGUUGGAGGUGCAUGACCCGGACCGGAUUUGGACUUGACGGAUCGAAGACAGAAGUGAUAACCACUCAGCUUUUAGCGAUGUCUGUUCUGUGGGGCUAUCACGUCUAUGCCGUAAUUGUCCACGAUAUAUUUUAAAGUAGAGCUCCUUUUUUAAAGUGCUAAAGUUAGGUUUAUAUUUCUUUAAUUUUAAUGAUCAUAUAUGAUCCAUGAUUUUUAAUUCGCUAACUAAUCGCCAUCGCAGCGAUGUGUUACAAGCCUUAGACGUGAAACUGAAACGUGAAUUUUCUCAUUCAGUAACCGGAUAGUUAGAGAGACAGUCGUCCGGUAAUUUUGCGGUUGCUGUUUAUAAAUCAGAUUAUCUGUUUGUUACGUACCUACAUAUUAAAUGUAACAGUAAAUAGUAUCGUAAUCAAGAAAAAACCUUUUUUGUACUAAAUAUAUUUUUUGAUAGAGUUAGUAUUUUUUCGGCUGGCAAUCAUUAUUGUGUAAACGUCAAUUUUAAAUAAAGUAAUGUGUCAUGAAUUUGUAACUCAUUUUUCAACUUAUCAAGAAAUUAAAAAAGGCGUACGCAGUGAAAAUUGUGAAAGAGAUGUGCUGUUUGGCAAUUUUUUAUUAAAAAAUAUAUAUAUUUGUUAGAAUUGUGUAUUAAAUUGAUAAAAUGGAGGACGAUAUUAACAAGCCGUACAAAAUUUGUGACGUGAAUCGUGAAAAGAAGAAAGGUAUUGUCGCGUCUUCCUUGGAGGAUUUAAUAAACAAAGUGCCGGAUAAAUUGGGUCUGCCGUCAGAACAUCUCACCGUAGUGCUGGAGUACGAUGGGACCGAAGUCGAUGACGAAGAGUACUUUUCUACAUUGGACCCGGAUACGUCACUAAUGAUUUUACAUGGUAAUGAGAAGUGGGCACCGAAUAUGCCGAAAUGCCAAGUAUCCUUAGAUCAGACGGACGACGUGGCGCUGGGUGAUAAGGCACAGGUCGCGAGCUUGGUUGGUCGCUUGCAACACAAUCUGUGUCACAUUUCUUUAUUAGGCGGACAGGAUCUAGAACUGCUAUCAGACAUGGAUCCUGAUAGCUUGGCCGACAUUGUGACUGACAGGGACAACAGGAUAAUCUUAGAACACAUAAAAGAGGCUUCUGGAAGGAUAUUAUUAGAGAAGCGUCAAGCUCAAGAUGCCAUGGAACUGUUGAAGCUGUAUCAUCAAAGUGUUUCCAAUGGCACUGAAGAUGUUUCACCACCUAACCAAGAAAGAGUGUAGACCACAAGAUCUACAAUAUCCUACUUAGCCCUCAAUAAUUUAUUUUUAGGGAUGGUAACACUCAAAAGUUUACAAAACGUUUAAUUUAGACGUAACUAUAAAAACUGUUGCCAAAUACAUACAUUUAGAUAAACUUUACUUCAAUUUGGAUAUACUCUCUCAAAUUAACUGUAAGUAUAAAUUUAGCAUUCAUAGAAAUACAAUAUAAAUACGAGUACACCAAUUGAAUGAGGCCUUUUUUUAAGGAAAUACUGGAUUUGUAUAACCAUUAUUUGAUUGCCAAUACUUGAUACAUUUUUUAAACUUUAUAUAAUAUGCUUAUUCAGAUAGAUUUAAUAUAAAUUGUAUGAUAUAGAUUUUAAUUAUUAUCAUCCCAUAACAAUAUUCAAUAUAUUUGGAUAGGUAAAACAUAGCAUUUACUUCCAUUAUAUUAUAAUAUAGUAUUUAAUGUGUGCAAAUAUAUUAUGUUGGUGUAGUAAUAAAGUAACUGUAAGGAUCUAAUCUUAUGAAUAGGAGCUAUAGUGAAAAUGGUCAUUGAAGGUGAAAUUCUAAAACAAUGGUAUUAUAAGGUUACUAAAGCACAAUUUUUCUGCCAUAUCUGGGGCAAAAACUGCACAGUGUGAAUAGCACAUUUUCUUUACUUAUGAAUAGUAAAAUAAUAUUGAUAUUGCAAUUUCAAAUAUCUCUUAAGUAUUUUUCAAUGAAAAGUUUUAAUAGAUUUUGAAAUACCUAGGUAGUGGUUUAUUUAUACUCGUAAUACUGUUUAUGUUAUAUUACCUUUAUAUUAUUUUAUAUAAUAUUAUUUACUACAUACAAAAUAAUAUAAAGUUUUUCAGUUACAUAUAAGCAGUUUUUAAAACCUUAUGAUUUUUAGUAAAAAAAAACAAUAUGUAAUUAGAUAUAAAAGUAAUAUAUCAGACAAUAGAAAUGCUAGAAUUUAAGCUUGCUAUUUAUAGUUUUUAGUUUAUUUUACUCAUUUGUAAACUUUUGAGAGUCUAAUUGCUACAAGGUUGAUGAUCAACAUCAAUUUAAAAGACUGAUAGUUGGUAAAUUUAAUUUUUUUAUAUAGUUUUACCCCUAGAAUAAGAUUAAUUCAUUUAAUUCCAAAUUUGCUCAAACAUUUUACAAGUAUUAAAUAAGUUUACCUAAGUUUAACUCCACUGCCGUAAAAAAAAUGUAACAUAAACCAACAUCCUGUUGCUCACUGUAGUUAAGCAAAGGAAUUGCAAUAUCUAACAGAGUUACAAAAUACAUCAUAUUUUAUUUUAUUACUUAUAUUUAAUCAUAGCAACUGGAAUAGCAUCAAAGAAUUGAUUUCAACUAACUUCACAUUAACUCUGAAGCAACCUAAUAAAAACUUCAUUAAAAAAUUAUGCACCCUGUAAACAAAUUGACAUGCAAUUAAAAUAACAUACAUUCGUUAAGAUCUCUCUAAGUCCAUUUUAAAGCACUUGCAUUAGUCAUAAUUUAGAAUUUUAAGGUAAUACUGUAGUGUUUAUUGCAGUGGGAUGUUAUUACAUAUAAGUCUCACAAAAAUGGCUCAAUCUGGCUCAAGUAUUGGAUUAAACCUGUAGAGGUAACAACAUCUCACUGAUAUUUUUUGUUUAUAUUAAAAUUCAUAGUUAAGUAUUAACAAAUAGUGUUUCUAUCUCCAAGAUCUAGAGAUAGAUAUUUGUGUAAUUCGUCUUAAGAACCCAUCCAUAAAGUCUCCAUACAGGCACUCAUAUUUACAGAGAAAGCCUUCAAUAUAGUAAUUUUAUUUUGGGGCAGUUUGUACUGUCGACAACGGAGUGGUUCUGGAUUAGAUCCCUAGGUCAGCACAGGUAUCUGUUUUUAAAAUGUGCUCAUAUCUGUUUGCCUACCAAUUUAGCAUUCCAGUGCAAAUGCCCUGUAGAAAUUUAUCACAGAUAUACAAUAAAAAAACUGUAUUCUUUACAAACUGAAUACCAUCUUGAAAAUAAGAUAAUUGAUGCGACGACGACAUAAUAUUUCAUCAAGAGAAAAAGAUUUAUUGACUAUAUCAACCAAUAUCACUUUCUCGAUUCAGCAGAAUCGAAAAUGAUUUUUUCGAUGCCGCCGCUAUUGUCGGCAAUCUAUUUUUGACUUUACUUGCAUCGUAAACUUACACUUGAGAUUGCAGUGUUAACUUGUGGAGAAAUUAAAAAUAAGUUACUAACUUACAAAAAAAAUUCCAAAUUGUGAUUUCAUAAAAUGAGCUCUUUAUAUCCUAUACUUUUAUUGUUGAGUUGGUUCAAACAAACAAUUCAAAAUAUAACUGAUGUUCAGUCUGAAGUUUUUAUUAUUGUAUGCAGUUGGACUGAUUUGAUUGGUUCAAACAAACAAUUCAAAAUAUAACUGAUGUUCAGUCUGAAGUGUGUAAUAUUGUAUGCAGUUGGACUGAUUUGAUUGGUUCAAACAUACAAUUCAAAAUUUAACUGAUGUUUAGUCUGAAGUUUGUAUUAUCAUAUGCAGUUGGACUGAUUUAAUUGGUUCAAACAAACAAUUCAAAAUAUAACUGAUGUUCAGUCUGAAGUUUGUAUUAUCAUAUGCAGUUGGUUGGUUGGUUCAAAUUUAGAAUAAAUCAUUUUGUUUGAAUUGUAACACCAACAUAUUGGAGUUUUCAAACCAUUUUUGGAAAUCUGUUUAAGAACAGAUGUGGGGACAUGCAUACAUGUUAGUCACACAUACAUACAGAUUUGCCAACACAUCAUAUUAAAAUGAAACUGAGUGUGUUUUCCCGCACCAACAGAGCUACUCUCCCAGGGCAUCAGAGCACAUUCUUUUUAAGUCUAAAUUAUCUUCACUUUAAUUAAUUGGUGAAAUAAAACUAACAUGUAUGCAGGUCCCUACACAUACAUAUACAUAAUACAGAAAGCAAAUAUGAAAGCAAGAAACAGGAUUGGGGCACUUGAUGCUAGUAACAUUCAAUGAUGUACCCUCAUUAUCACUAAUCAGGGUCUUAUCACUGUAAUAAACAACCUACAAAUAAUAUUAUUCAUUUAUUGUUAAAAUAUUGAUAUAUCGUAUUUAGACUAUGUCCUAUAUAUUUGUAGUCACUUUUUUACACCCAGAUAUUGAAGUAUAAUGUGUGAAUAGUUGUAGAUGAAAUAAACGAAGGCUGUAAUGGAAUUAGACAGUUAGAAAGUACCCCAUUAUUCUGUAAAAACAAUUCCCAAGCAAGUAAUACAAGCUUAUGCCUAAUUGUGGAAUUGAAUUUCUUUGUUUCUCUUAUAUUUGUUGUGCACAAAUAAAGCAUUUAGGUAACUUGUG